CUGCCAGGGGCUGUGCGCGCAGCUGCACCUCUGCAAGUUCAUGGUCUCCGGCGCCUGCAAGGUCCUGAGGGCCGGGAAAAACUGUAGGAAUGGUCACACCUUGGCAACGAAUCACAACCUGAGUGUGCUGAGAACUCAUGGUGUUGACCACCUGAGUUAUAGUGAGCUGUGCCAGCUUUUGUUUCAGAACGACCCCUGGCUUCUGCCAGAAAUCUGCCAACAUUAUAACAAAGGAGAUGGACCCUACGGCUCUUGUUCCUUUCAAAAGAAGUGUAUCAAACUCCAUAUCUGCCAGUAUUUUUUACAGGGUGAAUGCAAGUUUGGCACUGGCUGCAAGAGAUCUCAUGAUUUCUCUAAUUCUGAGAAUCUAGAUAAACUGGAGAAGUUGGGCGUGAGCACAGAGCUGGUGAGCAGGCUGCCCUCCAUUUACAGAAAUGCACAUGACAUCAAGAACAAGAGAUCUGCCUCCAGCAGGGCGCACCCCCUGCCUGCAGGCCCUCAGGGGUCUUCCUCCGGUAAGGCUGAAAGAAAAGAUAGUUCAGCUCCUGUGUCCUCAAACACUCUUAGCCAGGAAGAGAGCGACCAGAUCUGCUUGUACCACAUCCGGAAAAGUUGUAGCUUUCAAGAUAAGUGCAGUAGAGUUCAUUUCCAUUUGCCGUAUAGAUGGCAGUUCUUGAAUGGAGGCAAAUGGAAGGAUUUGGACAAUAUGGAACUUAUUGAAGAGGCAUACUGUAAUCCCAGAAAAGAGAGGAUCAUGUGUAUUGAGUCGGCUGGUGACUUGCACUUUGAGUCUCUAAACUUUAACUCUAUGACAUUCGGAGCUGCCCAGGCUCGCCGCCUCUCCACGGCUUCCUCUGUCACCAAGCCUCCACACUUCAUUCUUACCACCAACUGGCUUUGGUACUGGGCCGAUGAGUUUGGUUCUUGGCAGGAAUAUGGAAGACAAGUCCUGGCACACCCUGUGACCACUGUCAGCAGCAGCGAUGUGGAGAAGGCCUACCUGGCAUACUGCGCACCAGGGUCUGAUGCCCAGGCAGCCACCCUGAAGUUCCAGGCUGGAAAGCACCUCUAUGAGUUAGACUUUAAAGCCUUCAUUCAAAAAAACCUAGUCUAUGGCACAACUAGAAAGGUUUGCCGCAGACCCAAGUACGUGUCUUCCCAGGAUGUGAAGACCAUGCAAACCAGCAAUGCCAAGCUUCAAGGCCCAAAGAACAUCCCAGAUUAUUGGGAUCUCUCUGCCCUGCCAGACCUGGGCUUUAAGAGGAUCACCCUCAGUUCUUCCUCAGAAGAGUACCAGAAGGUCUGGAACCUCUUCCACCGCACACUGCCUUUCUUUGUUCAGAAGAUUGAGCGGGUCCAGAACCUGGCCCUCUGGGAAGUCUACCAGUGGCAAAAAGGGCAGAUGCAGAAGCAGAAUGAGGGGAAGGCUGUGGAUGAGCGGCAGCUGUUCCACGGCACCAGUGCCAAUUUCGUGGAUGCCAUCUGUCAGCAGAACUUUGACUGGCGAGUCUGUGGUCUUCAUGGCACUUCCUAUGGCAAGGGGAGCUACUUUGCCCGAGACGCUGCCUAUUCCCACCACUACAGCAAAUCUGACACGCAGUGCCACACAAUGUUCCUGGCCCGGGUGCUGGUAGGCGAGUUCGUCAGGGGCAGUGCCACCUUUGUCCGCCCCCCAGCCAAGGAAGGCCGGGGCAAUGCCUUCUAUGACAGCUGUGUGAACAGUGUGUCCGACCCCUCCAUCUUCGUGGUCUUCGAGAAGCACCAGGUCUACCCAGAGUAUCUCAUCCACUACAUGUCCAGCUCCAAGCCCUCAACCACGCCCUCCGUCCUGAUGGCCUUGGGCUCCUUGUUUGGCAACUGGCAGUGA